CUUGCAGAAAAUGGCGGAAAGCUUGCAGAACGGGAGUCAAAUUAGGAAAAACAAACGACAUCAGUAGCCAAUUACAACAUGUCUAGGUUAACAGAACAGCAAAUCUUGUCAAGAGCCAGAGCCUCCUCUCUUGAAAAUGUGAAGAAUCUUAAUUUUUGGGGAAGUGAUCUGAGCGAUAUUUCUGUUUUACGCCAAAUGCCAAAUGUUGAAGUGUUAAGUUUAAGUGUUAACAACAUAUCAAGCCUGGAAGACUUUGCACAUUGUCCAAGAUUAAGAGAACUAUAUUUGAGGAAGAAUAACAUUGAAGAUAUCAGUGAGAUAGGUUGUCUGAAGAACCUUCCUAAGCUAAGAGUGCUGUGGCUUUCGGACAAUCCUUGUGCUAAUGUGGAACAUUACCGAAUGACAGUUCUAAAGAAUUUACCCAAACUCACUAAGCUGGACACUGUAGUGGUUGAGGAGUCAGAAGUGGAGGAAGCAGCCAAAGAAGGAACCGAAAUCAAAACACCAGAUGAAAUUCCUGUCCAUGAUUUAGACUUGACUGCCACAGUUGGAAAGGUGAUGAUAGAAAUUUUCAUUUUCAACUCAUUUAUUUACAUAGUUGUACACUAUACUGCAGAAGCAUUCACUGAGGAUGCUCUUUUGAGUGAGGAGGCUAAUCAACAAGUGUCAACAGAAAAGGGUGAUCCAGAAUCAGCACAAAGCAAUUUAGUAAAUGAAACCAAUAAACUUCGAGCCCAGUUAGGACUGAAGCCACUGAUGUUGGAUGAUCAAACCAAUGGUGUGACAACCAUGGCGGCAACAGAUUCCCAUCGAAAAGAGCCUGUAACAGUUUCUCCCACCCCUAGAAGUCAGAAUAUUUUAUCUGCAGUUCUUACUUUGGUACAAGAACUCGACCGUACAAGUCUCUUAACUCUUCGACAAGAGAUUGACCAACAUCUUCAAGAUCUUAAUGGUGAUGUAGAAAGUAAACCGUAUUCUGAGAACAAACCUCCUUCAAAUGAAAAAGAGGCAAUGGUGGACUAAGACUGAAACUGCGAUGCUUUUAUAUUAACGUAGAUGUUGGACUUAUAUCCGUAGCUAAAAUGACAGACUACCUUGUCUUGACAAGUAGAAGUCAUCUUGUAAAUCUCAUUCUGAUAACAAACCUCCACAAGAGAGGGAAGAAAUUUUGGACUGAGAAAUAGGGUCUGCUUUUCCUUUACCUUAGAAAUUGGACUUCUAUCCGGCGUAGCUGAAAGGACGGAAUUUCUUGUUCUGACAAAUAGAAAGCAUCUUGCAAUUUAAUCCA